AUGAAUAUAUUGCUGCCAGGUCUAUGGUUCUACAAUAUUUCAGUGUGUCUUCAUAAGUUCUUGGAGGGACAAGGAAAGAUUAAUCAUUGCCUCAUCAUAUCAGCAGUAUUCCUGGUCCUUGACACUCUCCUUACCAUAUUCUUUGUUUAUGGAGUUGGUAGUUUCAAAGGCUACGGUAUCAAUGGUGCUGCCAUCGCAAAUACCAUUAGCAGAGGAAUGUUAUUCUUUAUUUCGCUAGGAUAUAUUAUGAUUGCCAAGUUCAACUGUGAUGUAUGGAAUGGAUGGUCAAAGGAUUGUUUGAGUGCCAAGGGUGUUAGAGAAUACUUGGGACUUGCCUGGCCAGAGGUACUCGAGGCAUUCUACCUUGAGAUGGCAUUGGUAGUCAUCUACACCGUUUCAAGUUGGGAAUAUGUUAGUUUUAACAUUGCUUUGGCUGUAUUCCAACCAUUGUUCGGUCUGUCCAUUGCACUCCAAGACAGAAUCAGCAAGAACAUGCAAAAGUCAAACAUUCAUAAGGCUUCACGUGCAGCAUGGGUCACCAUCGGAUUUGGAUUUGUCUAUAUCAUCGUCGCCGGAGGAAUCAUUUUGUUGGCCACAUACUUCAAAGUCAGCACCACACAAAGAUAUAACUACAAUACCUUCCUACUCAAUACCAAUCCAUAUGUUUUGGAAGCAUCAUAUGGUGUAAUGAUGAUGGUCGAGGGAGUCCUUAGAGCUGUUGGUAGAUACAAGACUGGAAUCAUCCCAUCAUUCAUUGGAAUCUAUGUCAUUGCAUUGACAUUCAUCCUCUCAGUAGUCAUCAUCGAAGGAUCAUACCUGUUCCUCUUUGGUGUACCAAUUGGAUUUGUAUCAAUGUCCAUUUGUGUCCUCCUAUACCUACUGAUCGUCAAUUGGAAGAAGUUCUCAAUUAACAAUCAAUCAUCAUCAUCAUCAUCGAAUGUGUAA